AUGAAGAUUUUUAACAUUACUACUACUGCCCAAAUCGCUUUGGCAAUAAUCGCCUCUGUGUGGUUAUGGAGACGUAUCAUGCUGUACUAUCGGCGUCGGAAUCUGAAACUACUCCAUGGCUGCAUGCCCGCGCCCAAGAUUCCAGAUUGGGACCCGAUUUUCGGCAUCGGGUUCUCGUAUAAAUUGGUGAUGAGUGAUAUCAACCAACACCGGCUCAUAAACAACACGGUGGAACGACUCCAAACAUAUGGGUAUACUCACGUAAGCAAAGUCGUUGGGCACCGGAUCUUCUUUACGUGCGAGCCCGACAACCUCAAAGCAAUCAUGCACGGGCAAUUUGACCAUUUCGACAACGAACUCCGUUCAGCACCAGCUGGACACUUUAUGGGCAAAGGGAUAUUUUUGGCGGACGGUGAAAAAUGGCAACGAUCACGGGCUUUGGUACGGCCGAACUUUGCUCGAGAUCAAGUCGCGGAUCUAGGGUCGUUGGAACGCCAUUUCCAAAUACUCCUUUCCAUUCUUCCCAAAGACGGCUCGGAAGUCGACUUGGUACCGCUCUUCUUUGCUUUCACCAUGGAUUCGAUCACCGAUUUCCUGUUUGGAGAGUCGGUCAAGGCGUUGCAGGCGCACGCGUCGCCCGAACAUAUCGGCGCUGGUGGCGGCAUCGACGGGAGCAGCCCCUGGAGCCAGAAGGGAAUAGAACAGUUCGCCGAGGCUUGGGAGUAUGCCCAGAACGACAUGUUGUUCCGAUUCAUCCUCGGACCUGUCCGCUACAUAUAUCAAGAUAAAAAGGCCAACCGGUGCGUCAAGAUGAUCCACGCCCACGUCGAUAGGUAUGUGGAUCAAGCUAUCCGUUUUCACAACGAGGAGCUUGCACACGGCAGGGACGAAAAAGGGUUAAACUCCGAAGGACGAUACAUCUUUCUUCAGGCUUUGGCAAGACAGACCCAAGAUCGCAAGGUUUUGAGAGACGAAUUGAUGAACCUACUCAUGGCUGGUCGUGAUACGACCGCUGCGCUUUUAAGCAACCUGUUCCAUACAUUUGCCCGGAGGCCGGAUGUUUGGGCAAAAAUCAAGAACGAGAUCAUGUUUCUUGAAGGCAGAUUGCCAACAUACGAAGACAUACGCAACAUGAAAUAUGUCCGGUGGUGCAUUAAUGAAUCUCUACGCCUGCAUUCUGUGGUUGGCGUAUUGGGGAAGCAAGCAUCGUUCGAUACUACCCUGCCGCGCGGCGGCGGACCCAACGGCAAAUCACCCAUCUUCCUUCCCAAAGGCUCCAUAGUCCUCUACAGUAUGCUCGCGCAGCACCGCCGCAAAGACCUUUUCGGGGAAGAUGCGCUCGAGUUCCGCCCGGAAAGGUGGGAAACGCUGCGGCCGGGUUGGAAUUACGUACCUUUUAACGGCGGACCACGGAUCUGCGUUGGUCAACAAUACGCCUUGACCGAAGCGUCGUACGUUGUGGUGCGGUUUGUGCAAACCUUUGCCGUCAUUGAGAGUCGAGACCCGGAGCCUUGGAGUAUUGGGAAACGCCUGUUGACUUGCCCGAUGAACGGGACCGUCGUAUCGCUCCGUCGCUGA